GUUUAGCUAUAAUUUGACUGAAAAACUCCAAAAUCGACUUAUACUAUUAUUCGAAAUACACUAUUGCCUGCGGUCCGCCUUAAUAGCGUUUAUAGGAAAAUACCUGUAUAUUCUUCGAACACCGUCAUCAGUAGGGUGCUUUACUCUUGUUGCUUGAUUUCAUGGCCAUCUGAUUCACAGCACUAUUGAAGCAAAGGAAGAAAAAAAUAGAAACACACAUGAAGUUUUUCGUGCGGAAUGUCUAGUGCGAAUCCAAUUUAAGUAAUACUACAAUCGGUAUCUAUAAUUCAUCUCCAUUCUAUUAGACUGCUUGCUGAAUGAUAUUGUUUUAUGCUGAAUUUGUGCGUGGCAAUGUUAAAAGUGUACCACUGCGUUAGUGCAUGUUGUUUAUUUGUGUUGUGUAUCAACGAGCCAUCGGUUGUGAAACAAGUGAAAAUUCGGAGUAGUGUACAUAAAUAUCUCAAGGUAAACGGAAUUCCGUCGUCUGUAGGCAGACAAAAUGCGUAAUAUGUGCUAGAUGAUUCAUGUUUUUGGGUUAUAUGGCAGCACCAUCAAUCUGUUAGCACACUAAGAAGUAUGAGUUGAACCUAAUCAAAUGUUUGUGUGCAAAACGGAACGGAAGUGAUAUCGGAAAUAGAUAAUUGCAUGCAUGGCCUGUUCAUUCCAGAAGCGUGCAUUUCUUAAGUAAAUGAAUAAUGUGAUGGCACAUUCCUACCAGGGAACCGACGGAUAAUGUAAUGUGCCAAUUCUUCCCCUCCUUGAGUUAAUGGGGCAGGAGAAGCGGAGUGAGUCGAGCUGAUCUUAACUCGAGAGAAUGUUACUACAAAACAAACAAUAACAGUGUGUCGUAAUUUUUGCAACCUAGGCUGGUAAAUCAAUAUUAUUAUUUUCUAUUAAAUGUGUGCCAGUUCUUACAAGCAUGUCCAAGCAAUUUUUACAAGGCGGACCGGUUCGAUUCCCAUUCAGAUCUAUUUGAAAUGCACAAAAGCAUCAAACAUCCAAUUGCAUGCUUUUUCGUGUGCUGACAGACAAAGCCACUUCACCAUUUAACAACAAUAGGAGGGUGUUGCUCAUUCGUUCUCUUGCCUCAGAAAAAAUGAUUACAUUGUUUUAAUAAAACAUAAAUAUUCUAAAUAUUGUACAGUUAACAUAGUUUAGUUGCUUUUAAACAUGGUUCUGGAUUUCACUUGCGUGUAUAAAUAGAAUUUAUACAAAUACAACAUAAUUAAACAACUUUCUCAACGUUUCUUCCGGCUACUGCUAUUUACAUCGCAGCUAGUACAACCCAAAAAAUAAUAUACCAUAAUACCACUUUGUAGAGUGUAUCAGUAAAAUAUAUUACUAACGAGAAAUAAUCUUGCUUUGAGGCAAAUAUAAAACUCUUCCGCGAUAAUUGUUACCGGUCCAUGAACCGCUUGAUUGAGAAUAAUGCAGUCCAUGUUGGAGGAGGAGGCCAUCGUCAAAUCGUGAUGUGUGAUUGCCCCACCAGCUAUAGACUGAAUCAGUUGAUAUCAUUCCAUACUGUAUCUUAUUUGCGCCAGAUAAAAGGAAUCAAUUCGAACAAUGAACAUGGAAACCACUCAUUUAGUCACGGAAUUCAUCACGCACACUGGAGCUAAUACGCAAGACGCCGUCAGCUGUUUAAAAACUUGGGAGUGGGAUUUGAAGAAAGCGCUAAUUGAUUACAAUGAUACUUCGACUACGGAAUAUUUCAACAACAAGAAAAAUGAAAGCGAAGAUCUAAACAAUACACAAUCAUCUACAUCCACAUCAACGCAACGUUCGUAUGGAUCUGCGUCUCCUUCAAUGCUACCAUCAGCAACAACAUCGAUGUUUUCAUCGGGUACAUUUUGUAAAAACCAACGUAACAACCAGCAACAGCCGCUACAAAUACACCAUAUUCGCGAUUCACAAUUUUCAUACGUAACUAACGGAAGCGUGAUCAGUAAAAGCGAUAGAUUUGGCGAAAGUAACCGAAUUAGUAGUAAUAGCAAUAUUUCAAACGUGCAAAUGCAAUUUCUUCCGGCAAAUCUAUCCACAUCGUCUCUAUCUACGAUGAAAUCACACCGUAAUCCACAGCACAAUCAUUUUAAAAACUCUGCAUCGUCUUCUAUCGGGAUUUCUAUGUUCGGAAAUGUGAUUCAUGAGAGUGGCAACAACAUUGGAAUGAACUACAUCACUGAUUUACAAACAUCAACCGUACAGCUGAGGCCAACACUCACGAAAGCAGAUUCAAUAGACAUUUUUGAUAGCAAAAAAUUAGAACGAGGAAUAUCACGUGCUACGGAAAAUGUGACAUUAGUUUCACGUGCUAGACAAGAGUUUGAGAUGGAUUUCCAUGCUCAUAUUCACGAGCAAAAUGACAAGAAUCUUAACUUCAUUGAUACACCAGAUUAUACGUUUACUCUGCCCGACCUGACAAAAUAUACGGAUGAUUUUCGCAAAUUUCUUGAAAAAGAUUUGAUUGAAAACUCUACCCUUAACUCAUUGGAGGCUACGAAUCGUUUGAAUUGGUGGUAUGAAUCAGGAGCUUGUCGAAAACUUUGGCCAUUAGCCACUACAGGUGAUGGCAACUGUUUACUACAUGCUGCAUCACUCGCUAUGUGGGGCUUCCACGAUCGCCGUUUGACCCUGCGCCGUACAUUGCAUGAUAUUUUAUCGAAGGAAGAAUUUCGUGAAGCACUGUAUCGACGGUGGCGAUUUCAGCAAACCCGUGUCAACAAGCAGGCUGGGUUUGUGUUCUGUGAAAGCGAGUGGGCUAAAGAAUGGGAAGAGAUUGUUGCUAUUGCUUCACCAGAACCACGACGUAACUCGAAAAGUAUCGGGCCUUCCCGGCGACGAUCGUUGUUGAUCGAAAAAAACUUUGAUGCUGUAAAUGCUGGAGCGAGUGCAACAUCGAUUCACGAUAGAGAAGACGUAAAUGCUACUUACGAAAGCUUGGAAGAGAUUCAUGUGCUAGCACUAGCCCAUAUUCUUCGACGCACCAUCAUCGUGGUUUCCGAUGUGUUUCUUAGGGAUAUUAAUGGCGAAGCAUUCUCUCCCAUACCAUUUGGUGGAGUUUAUUUGCCGUUCGAAGUACCGUCAAACGAAUGCCAUCGAGCCCCAUUGCUGCUGGCUUAUGAUAUGGCACACUUUUCUGCAUUAGUAGCUAUGGAAGCAAGUAACGAUAGUCCGCCGGCGUUAAUACCCCUUGUAGAUGAAACAAAUCAAUUACUUCCAAUUCAAUUUUGCAUUGAUCCUGGAAAAGAUUUCAACUGGCGCGAGUACGACGGAAGUGAUGGAAACUGGAUACUAACGGAUCGUGAACAUAUAGCGCUAUUGAAAGAAUAUUUGGAUAUAGUGCAUGCUACGGGCAUCGAAAGUCCUGACGAUGAAAUUUACUACGACGAUUACUCGGACGAUGAGUAUGAAAAGAAAAUUGCAGAGGGAGAAAUAGUAUUCACAUCCGAUGAGAAUUAUAAUCACAAUGUCGGCACAACUUCUUCGACACCCGUUGUUACAACUGUGUCCUCGGCAGUUGCUUCCAUGACAGCUUCCAAUCAAUCAUUACCUGGGGGUGUGAGCGGAAAAGAUGUUGGAAGCAAAAGUAAAGCGGCAAAGCAGCUACAAAGUGUAGCAAAGCAAUUUGGUAGUAUUGGGAAAUCAAUGAGUAGAAAGUUGCGUAAAAAUAUUGGUUCAAUUACACGUAUCGGGAGUAAAAAUAGCCAUAUCGGUAGUACUACGGGCGGUGUCAGUAGUAAAAAAUCUCAAUUUAAUGAUAAAAGUAAUUUUCGCAGUGAGUUUCCGCGGUUCCGAAUUUUGUGUGCGCAAUUAAAAUCACGGCGUCACGAAUAUCAGGAAGAAAUGAUCAAAAAUUACCUAGAAUGCGCUCAAGAACGUUAUCUAGAAGCAGAGAAAAUGCGCGACAGAAAGGAAAUUGAACGUCUGACGAAAUAUGUCGCAGAAGUUGGUCAGCUUCAUCGCGAACACGAAGAAUAUCCUGGUGACAGUGAAAGUCCAGAAGUAUCUCGAAUGGUUGGGGGAGAGCCGGUCAAUUGUAUCAAUGCUGGUUGUCUGAAUUACGGUACUGCUGCGACUAGUUAUAUGUGCCUAGAAUGUUAUGAAAUGCAAUGCAAGAGAGAGUCGUCAAAAUGUGUCGUAGAUUCUACAGACUACACUCUUCGCUACGGGACGGGCAAGUCCAAAUUUUACGCCGAAGCUGACAUGGAUGCACACGAUCGCAUACAGAAAUUACCUUCGGCAAGGCGUUUAAACGAUCUUGAUCAAACACUGUAUUUAUCACGAUCUACCUUCUACAAUGAUAAACCCGAAGAAAUGCAUUCUUCAUCAAACUCGGUCUACAAGAAUGCUGUUACAAUUGCUGGUGUGGAUCAGUCAUCCAAUCCUAGUGGGCUUAAUAGACAACACUCAUACCAGCAACAACUUUAUCAUAAUCAUCACCGGUCGCAACAUCAGCAUCUUUAUCAUAGAGACGAAGAAAUAAGUAAACCACCUCAUCAGCAGCAUGCGAGUACAGUUCUAGUGGCAUUGUAGCAUCUAUUUAUUCUCCCGGAGGAAGCGUCGUCAGCGCUACUAACAGCACUAACAUGCCGUACACUCGUACUGGUGCAAUGUGUGUGGUAAAUCUUCCA